AUGGCCCAGCUGCCGGGGAUCUCCCUGAUCGACAACGACACGCGGGCGAUGCUGAACGGGCUCAACUUGCGCCUCAACGACAUUGACCUGAAGCUGAGCUUCGUGUUGGAGCUGCUCGCCACGCGGUUGCCGCCUGAUCAGAGGCUAACCACCAUCUUCGCCUCUCCCCCACCUACUGUCAUCAACGACCUCGCCCACCAGCGCGCCGCGUACAGUCCCGUAGCCGGAAAUAGCGGAUCCGACAAGACGUCAACGAGCCCAAAGACAGAGAUCAAAGACGAAUCCGACGGUGAGCUUGACCUCGAGAAUGGCGGCGAAACCGAAAUGGAUGAGGAUGACUCACAGCAGAAUAACGAGCAACACAAUCCGCAUGAAAACUCGAUGCUGAAGGACCUGCUUGAAAAAGCCGGACAACUUGCAGCAAUUUUGCCACAAGAUGGACAAACAGGGAAUGAGGAAGAUAAAGCUGCCCAGAUUGAGGGUCCAUUUCCGGAAGGAGCUGUGAAGAGAGCCGCCGAGAAAGCCGCCCGGUCGUUUCAAAGCACGCAGCCAAAGGUAUUCGCCUGGCAAAUCCUGCGCGAAUCCGUUACCGACGACGAGCUCCGAAAUGUGCAGAUCUCCCUCCGCACUUUCCACGGCGAGACGGCCGACCAUUUGUUGAGCCGGCAAUUGCCAAAGAUUCGCCUGGUCGUCGAGGCAACAAUGCGGUACUUUAAGUGGGAAAACCUCUCCGAUGAGCUCCAGCUGGGCAAGGCCAAGCUUAUUUUGAGCCACUUGAAAAACAACGCCAAGGUGCGAAACUGGACCCUACGAGAGGGACGGCCGAACCGGGCUGUUUCCUCGCCGAUCGCG